AUGCCUCCCGCAAAAUCAUCCCGCAAUCACGACGACAAGGCGGACACACCCAAUUCCAAGGAAAAGGGUGGGAAUGGCCAUACCUCAACGAAGAUGCGUCGUAACGCCAGCCAACAGAACCAUUCUCACCUUCGCGAGGUCCAAAAUGCUACCGCUGCUGCUCCCCCCCAGCCGCCAGCUGAGCCUUCUCCUCCUAGUCUGCACUGGGCCUCCUUCGACCGAGAUGUCCUCCAUGCCUACCGUCGCGAGCAUCGCCUGAACACACCGAGCUCCUUCUCUAGCCCAUACUGCCAAUGGAUUCUAUCGCAGCCGAACGGCAUCGGCAUCCACUCUCCCACGAUGGUCCGACGCCGACAGGCUCGUCGCCAGAGCAAAGACCAGCUCGCACUCGCCGUGCGUAAACAUUUUAAUGGAAUGGGCGUGCAGGAGAACGACGUAAUCGUCGACUUUAUUUACAAGAUUCGUCACGAUCCCAGUCGCAUCUCCAAACCAUACGCGGGAGGCAAGACCCCGACUUUUACAAAAUAA